AUGGAGGGGUAUGGAAGGGGGGGGGUAUGGGAGGGGUAUAGGGGGGUAUGGGGGGGUAUGGGAGGGGUAUGGGAGGGGUAUGGGAGGGGUAUGGGAGGGGUAUGGGAGGGGUAUGGGAGGGGUAUGGGAGGGGUAUGGGAGGGGUAUGGGAGGGGUAUGGGGGGGUAUGGGGGGGUAUGGGGGGGUAUGGGGGGGUAUGGGGGGGUAUGGGGGGGUAUGGGAGGGGUAUGGGAGGGGUAUGGGAGGGGUAUGGGAGGGGUAUGGGAGGGGUAUGGGAGGGGUAUGGGAGGGGUAUGGGAGGGGUAUGGGAGGGGUAUGGGAGGGGUAUGGGAGGGGUAUGGGAGGGGUAUGGGAGGGGUAUGGGAGGGGUAUGGGAGGGGAGGGGUAUGGGAGGGGUAUGGGAGGGGUAUGGGAGGGGUAUGGGAGGGGUAUGGGAGGGGUAUGGGAGGGGUAUGGGAGGGGUAUGGGAGGGGUAUGGGGGGGUAUGGGAGGGUAUGGGAGGGGUAUGGGAGGGGUAUGGGAGGGGUAUGGGAGGGGUAUGGGAGGGGUAUGGGAGGGGUAUGGGAGGGGUAUGGGAGGGGUAUGGGAGGGGUAUGGGAGGGGUAUGGGAGGGGUAUGGGAGGGGUAUGGGAGGGGUAUGGGAGGGGUAUGGGAGGGGUAUGGGAGGGGUAUGGGAGGGGUAUGGGAGGGGUAUGGGAGGGGUAUGGGGGGGUAUGGGAGGGGUAUGGGAGGGGUAUGGGAGGGGUAUGGGAGGGGUAUGGGAGGGGUAUGGGAGGGGUAUGGGGGGGUAUGGGAGGGGUAUGGGAGGGGUAUGGGAGGGGUAUGGGAGGGGUAUGGGAGGGGUAUGGGAGGGGUAUGGGAGGGGUAUGGGAGGGGUAUGGGAGGGUAUGGGAGGGGUAUGGGAGGGGUAUGGGAGGGGUAUGGGAGGGGUAUGGGAGGGGUAUGGGAGGGGUAUGGGAGGGGUAUGGGAGGGGUAUGGGAGGGGUAUGGGUAGGGGGGGAGGGGUAUGGGAGGGGUAUGGGAGGGGUAUGGGAGGGGUAUGGGAGGGGUAUGGGAGGUAUGGGAGGGUAUGGGAGGGGUAUGGGAGGGGUAUGGGAGGGGUAUGGGAGGGGUAUGGGAGGGGUAUGGGAGGGGUAUGGGGGGGGGUAUGGGAGGGGUAUGGGAGGGGUAUGGGAGGGGUAUGGGAGGGGUAUGGGGGGAGGGGUAUGGGAGGGGUAUGGGGGGGUAUGGGAGGGGUAUGGGAGGGUAUGGGAGGGGUAUGGGAGGGGUAUGGGAGGGGUAUGGGAGGGGUAUGGGAGGGGUAUGGGAGGGGUAUGGGAGGGGUAUGGGAGGGGUAUGGAGGGGUAUGGGGGGGUAUGGGAGGGUAUGGGAGGGGUAUGGGGGGGUAUGGGAGGGGUAUGGGAGGGGUAUGGGAGGGGUAUGGGAGGGGUAUGGGAGGGGUAUGGGAGGGGUAUGGGAGGGGUAUGGGAGGGGUAUGGGAGGGGUGGGAGGGGUAUGGGAGGGUAUGGGAGGGGUAUGGGAGGGGUAUGGGAGGGGUAUGGGAGGGGUAUGGGAGGGGUAUGGGAGGGGUAUGGGAGGGGUAUGGGAGGGGUAUGGGAGGGGUAUGGGAGGGGUAUGGGAGGGGUAUGGGAGGGGUAUGGGAGGGUAUGGGAGGGGUAUGGGAGGGGUAUGGGAGGGGUAUGGGAGGGGUAUGGGAGGGGUAUGGGAGGGGUAGGGGUAUGGGAGGGGUAUGGGAGGGGUAUGGGAGGGGUAUGGGAGGGGUAUGGGAGGGGUAUGGGAGGGGUAUGGGAGGGGUAUGGGAGGGGUAUGGGAGGGGUAUGGGAGGGGUAUGGGAGGGGUAUGGGAGGGGUAUGGGAGGGGUAUGGGAGGGGUAUGGGAGGGGUAUGGGAGGGGUAUGGGAGGGGUAUGGGAGGGGUAUGGGAGGGGUAUGGGAGGGGUAUGGGAGGGGUAUGGGAGGGUAUGGGAGGGGUAUGGGAGGGGUAUGGGAGGGGUAUGGGAGGGGUAUGGGAGGGGUAUGGGAGGGGUAUGGGAGGGGUAUGGGAGGGGUAUGGGAGGGGUAUGGGAGGGGUAUGGGAGGGGUAUGGGAGGGGUAUGGGAGGGGUAUGGGAGGGGUAUGGGAGGGGUAUGGGAGGGGUAUGGGAGGGGAGGGGUAUGGGAGGGGUAUGGGAGGGGUAUGGGAGGGGUAUGGGAGGGGUAUGGGAGGGGUAUGGGAGGGGUAUGGGAGGGGUAUGGGAGGGGUAUGGGAGGGGUAUGGAGGGGUAUGGGAGGGGUAUGGGAGGGGUAUGGGAGGGGUAUGGGAGGGGUAUGGGAGGGGUAUGGGAGGGGUAUGGGAGGGGUAUGGGAGGGGUAUGGGAGGGGUAUGGGAGGGGUAUGGGAGGGGUAUGGGAGGGGUAUGGGAGGGUAUGGGAGGGGUAUGGGAGGGGUAUGGGAGGGGUAUGGGAGGGGUAUGGGAGGGGUAUGGGAGGGGUAUGGGAGGGGUAUGGGAGGGGUAUGGGAGGGGUAUGGGAGGGGUAUGGGAGGGGUAUGGGAGGGGUAUGGGAGGGGUAUGGGAGGGGUAUGGGAGGGGUAUGGGAGGGGUAUGGGAGGGGUAUGGGAGGGGUAUGGCAGGGGUAUGGCAGGGGUAUGGCAGGGGUAUGGCAGGGGUAUGGCAGGGGUAUGGCAGGGGUAUGGCAGGGGUAUGGCAGGGGUAUGGCAGGGGUAUGGCAGGGGUAUGGCAGGGGUAUGGCAGGGGUAUGGCAGGGGUAUGGCAGGGGUAUGGCAGGGGUAUGGCAGGGGUAUGGCAGGGGUAUGGCAGGGGUAUGGCAGGGGUAUGGCAGGGGUAUGGCAGGGGUAUGGCAGGGGUAUGGCAGGGGUAUGGGAGGGGUAUGGCAGGGGUAUGGGAGGGGUAUGGGAGGGGUAUGGGAGGGGUAUGGGAGGGGUAUGGGAGGGGUAUGGGAGGGGUAUGGGAGGGGUAUGGGAGGGGUAUGGGAGGGGUAUGGGAGGGGUAUGGGAGGGGUAUGGGAGGGGUAUGGGAGGGGUAUGGGAGGGGUAUGGGAGGGGUAUGGGAGGGGUAUGGGAGGGGUAUGGGAGGGGUAUGGGAGGGGUAUGGGAGGGGUAUGGGAGGGGUAUGGGAGGGGUAUGGGAGGGGUAUGGGAGGGGUAUGGGAGGGGUAUGGGAGGGGUAUGGGAGGGGUAUGGGAGGGGUAUGGGAGGGGGGGUAUGGGAGGGGUAUGGGAGGGGUAUGGGAGGGGUAUGGGAGGGGUAUGGGAGGGGUAUGGGAGGGGUAUGGGAGGGGUAUGGGAGGGGUAUGGGAGGGGUAUGGGAGGGGUAUGGGAGGGGUAUGGGAGGGGUAUGGGAGGGGUAUGGGAGGGGUAUGGGAGGGGUAUGGGAGGGGUAUGGGAGGGGUAUGGGAGGGGUAUGGGAGGGGUAUGGGAGGGGUAUGGGAGGGGUAUGGGAGGGGUAUGGGAGGGGUAUGGGAGGGGUAUGGGAGGGGUAUGGGAGGGGUAUGGGAGGGGUAUGGAGGGGUAUGGCAGGGGUAUGGCAGGGGUAUGGCAGGGGUAUGGCAGGGGUAUGGCAGGGGUAUGGCAGGGGUAUGGCAGGGGUAUGGCAGGGGUAUGGCAGGGGUAUGGCAGGGGUAUGGGAGGGGUAUGGAGGGGUAUGGGAGGGGUAUGGGAGGGGUAUGGGAGGGGUAUGGGAGGGGUAUGGGAGGGGUAUGGGAGGGGUAUGGGAGGGGUAUGGGAGGGGUAUGGGAGGGGUAUGGGAGGGGUAUGGGAGGGGUAUGGGAGGGGUAUGGGAGGGGUAUGGGAGGGGUAUGGGAGGGGUAUGGGAGGGGUAUGGGAGGGGUAUGGGAGGGGUAUGGGAGGGGUAUGGGAGGGGUAUGGGAGGGGUAUGGGAGGGGUAUGGGAGGGGUAUGGGAGGGGUAUGGGAGGGGUAUGGGAGGGUAUGGGAGGGGUAUGGGAGGGGUAUGGGAGGGGUAUGGGAGGGGUAUGGGAGGGGUAUGGGAGGGGUAUGGGAGGGGUAUGGGAGGGGUAUGGGAGGGGUAUGGGAGGGGUAUGGGAGGGGUAUGGGAGGGGUAUGGGAGGGGUAUGGGAGGGGUAUGGGAGGGGUAUGGGAGGGGUAUGGGAGGGGUAUGGGAGGGGUAUGGGAGGGGUAUGGGAGGGGUAUGGGAGGGGUAUGGGAGGGGUAUGGGAGGGGUAUGGGAGGGGUAUGGGAGGGGUAUGGGAGGGGUAUGGGAGGGGUAUGGGAGGGGUAUGGGAGGGGUAUGGGAGGGGUAUGGGAGGGGUAUGGGAGGGGUAUGGGAGGGGUAUGGGAGGGGUAUGGGAGGGGUAUGGGAGGGGUAUGGGAGGGGUAUGGGAGGGGUAUGGGAGGGGUAUGGGAGGGGUAUGGGAGGGGUAUGGGAGGGGUAUGGGAGGGGUAUGGGAGGGGUAUGGGAGGGGUACGGAAAGUAUGA